GCCAGAGACACCAAUAUAACGCCGCGAGAUAUCGCACAACUAUCCAAGAUUUUAAGUGAGACCGAAGAAACAAACAAUAAAGUGAUUUCAAACACAACCACAACCACUGCCACAACACACCAGUCCUUUAGUGAGAGACAACAAUCGCCGCCACAAACCAGUGAUCCAUCCGAAGACCACAAGAAGAACCGAAUUGAUUCACAAGAGGAAGAAAUAGUGAACUAUGAACUGAGCGACGAGAACAUGGAAUUAGUGGAGUUAAGUGCUUCUCAUUCCCUGUCGCCCAACCGGCAGACAACGGGAGGUCAUCGGGAACUGCCAGUCGAUGUCCCGGAAUCCUUUGUCGGUGUAGUGAAACAGACCCCCCGAUAUCCGCCCCCACAUCCGCCGCCGGCACCGCCACAGCGAACCUCAUCGCAAGCGCCACAGAAUGAGAAGAUUCGCAAAUAUUCGGAAGAAAUUAGCCAAAAGAAAGCGGAGGAAGAGUUCCUGCGGUCGAGUCUCAGAGGUAGCAAAAAACUACAACAACUCGAACACAAUAAGCCGAAAGAGUUGGAACCCGUAGUCAAUAAUGCCUUCGAAGCCGAUGACGACGACGACCCCCAACUCAUCGACUCCGACACCAAUACAGGUAUG